AUGCGUCCAUGUGGUAUCUUCAUUGCCGUUGUUUUCUCGUACUUCCCAGUACAUUCAUACCAUCUACACCAUCCACGCAGUGCCAACGACACGCUUGGCGUCUCUCAACGAAGAGCAGAAGCAGUGAAGGAUGCCUUCGAGUUUGCCUGGAGCGGUUACCACACCUACGCAUUUCCCAACGAUGAACUCCGACCAGUCAACAACUCAUUUACAAACUCAAGAAACGGCUGGGGCGCUACUGCCGUUGACGCUUUGAGCACCGCCAUUCUAAUGGAAUCGCAAGAUGUCGUCACAACCAUUCUGGACUUCAUCCCCUCCAUUGACUUUACCGUCAGCAAGAGCGGUACACUGGUAAGCCUGUUUGAAACCACCAUUCGCUACCUCGGCGGUAUGCUCUCGGCCAUCGAUCUUCUGGACGGUCCCUACAGCUAUUUAUUACAGCCCAGCCGAAAUACCACCGCUCUGGAAAGACAGGCUGUCAGCCUGGCUACCAGAAUGAAGUUUGCUUUCAACACGCCUUCGGGUAUACCAGCCAAUAACCUCUACUUCCCGACUGAUACCUACGACAUCUCUGUGCCUACCGGACUUGCUGUCGCUGGUAGCCUGAUCCUCGAAUGGACUCGUCUGUCAGAUCUCGUCAGAUUGCUUGAUUUUGCAGACCUGACCCAACAUGCCGAAGAAUAUCUUCUCCACCCUCGAUACACCAACAACAAAUCACUGCCGCUCCCUGGUCUUCGUGGUACAGACAUCGAUCUGCGCAAUGGCUCUUUCACCAACGUCAGAGGUGGCUGGGGUGGUGGUGACGAUUCUUACUACGAAUACCUACUCAAAAUGCAUGUCUACGAUCCCGAACAAUUCUCUACUUACAAGGACGAAUGGCUCAAAGCCGUCGACUCUUCUGUCAGCGGAGGAAUGUUCUCGCACCCAUAUACGAGGCCUGACCUCACGUUCCUUUCUUCAUGGAAUGGUCCAAAACCUACUGAUGUCACCGGUCACCUUGCUUGUUUCGCCGGCGGCAACUGGAUCCUUGGUGGCAUAGUAUUGGGAAACCAGACUCUCGUCGAACUCGGUCAGCAACUCACAGACAGCUGUGCCGAGACUUACAGUGCUACCAUCACUGGUAUAGGGCCAGAGGGUUGGACUUGGGAAGUGGACGAUGAUGACAUCAAGGUUGACAACCAAUUUUACGACGAUAAUGGCUUCAACAUUACAAGCAUCGACUACGACCUGCGACCCGAAGUUCUCGAGUCUCUCUAUUAUGCCUAUCGCGCCACGGGUGAUCCCAAGUAUCAAGAAUGGUCUUGGAAAGCCUUCCAGGCCAUCAACGCCACUUGUCGUGUUGGAUCUGGUUUCUCGUCCAUCACAAACGUCAAUGCUCCGCAUGGUGGAAAAUUCACCAACUUUCAAGAGAGCUACAUGUUUGCCGAGACAUUCAAGUAUGCUUGGUUGAUUCACGCCGAAGACUCCAAGGUGCAUGUUGGCAAGGGAGAGGCGCAGAACUGGGUAUUCAAUACUGAGGGACAUCCCUUCAAGGUUCGUGCUAAGCAGAUCGAGGGACACUGA